AAUUGCAUCUGUUUUUCUACCGGGACGUCCCUGGGGCGGGCGGUGCCACAGAAAUGGGUGGAUCUUUCCACAAUUUAAACGCAACUCUGUGAACGAAAGCAUGGAUAUCGAAGCAAUAAAUAGUCUUCCUUACGAAGAUUUCGUGAGUAUUUUUGGCAACGUAGUGGAGCGAUGUCCCAUCAUAGCCGCAGCGGUGUGGUCAGGGCGCCCCUUCCCGAGCGGGGCUGCCAUAGAGGCCGCCAUCAAUGCCUUCAUCGAGGCGCUUCCUGAAUCAGGUAAAGAAGGCAUCCUCAGGUGCCACCCUGAUCUCGCGGGUAAGGACCUGCAGAGCGGCACCCUAACCCCUGAAUCUCGCGAGGAGCAGGGCGCCGCCGGGCUGGACCGCAUGGGCGCCGCGGAGGUCUCGCGCAUGACGCGCCUCAACGCUGAGUACAAAGCGCGUUUCGGUUUCCCGUUCGUGGUGUGCGCUCGGAUGAACGACCGGACGAGCAUCGUGGAGCAGCUGCGAGAGCGUCUGGGGAACACGCAAGCGCAGGAGAGGGCUCGCGGGGUCGAAGAGGUGAAGGAGAUCUGCCGCCUGCGGCUGCAGAGCCUCGUACACAGCGACCAGAAGCAUAAGUUAUAAAGGACCUUUAUUAAAGAAGCCUUUGCAAUAAA